CUUUACCGCAUUUACUUAGUAGCUUUUAAUUCUUCACACAAGCAACAACAACAACAGCAACCACAAACACACGAGCGAACAGCAAUGAGUGAGAUUUUUGCGGCGUGAAACGUGACGACGCAUCGCAAGCCUCAAUAGCUAUGACAAUGGCGGCGGCGAUGACGACGACGACAACGACGAAGCUUCAUCGCCAGCUCGAGCUUCGACUACGACGUCGUUAUGGAGGACAGUUCUACAGCACUUUCAGUUAAGAAUUCGUUUCAUUAUUGUAAGGUUCGUUGCGUUCGAGGCAUCGCGUGUGCGCGUCUUCUACAAACGGAACUUAACGCUUUACCGCAUUUAGUUAACGUGAAUUUCCAAAGCACCAGCCGUCAGAGUUGUGAGUGUGUUGAUGAUCGUACCCAUAUUGUAUUUUACUGAGGAAGAAAUCAACGCAGCACUUAACGCUUUCAAUUACCUUAAGUGAACACACACACACACACAAUUAAAUUCACAAAGAAAUUUUUAUGUGGUGAUGUUGCAUGUGAAACAUAAAAAAGUGAUUAUUUUACAGCAAGAAAAGUGAUCGAAAUUGUAUCAGCAAAGAAAUUGGUUCGCUGAUAUUUACACUUUUUAAAAAAAGAAUUACGAGAAACCGCAGUGAAAUUACGUUCAUAUAAUUUCGUAAUUUUGUGAAAGUGUUUUGUGUCGCAUGACAAUUGGCAGCGACCACUGCCAACUGCCAACUCGCCCAGUAACGGUUAUAGGCCAUUUGCUGCCGCCAACGGUCGCUGUCGCAUGGGCGGCUCGUCACACAUUGGCUUUGUGGAUAUUGUGCUUUACACCUUCGCAGCGAGCGCAACUGUUUUGUAAACAAAAGAAAGUGGAAUUUUUAUUAUUCACGCAAAAUAUUAUGAAAUUCGCCUUGAAAGUGCGAAAUCUGCUGAGAAUAUAAACUACAUGCCGAAGAGUGCAAAGUGUCGCCUAAUUGGCUGUGGGAAAGCAAAUUGUGGAUAUUUUUGAAAAAUUAAAUUAAAGCGAAGUGAAGUGAAGAAACGCAACAGAUUUAUGCAAUCGACGUAAGUUCAGUACUUCAACGUACUUAAUCGAACAUAUGUAUAUACAUACAUAUAUAAAUUAGAAGAUAUAGACAGCCAAACAAUGCUGAAUUAGAAUACGACAAAACUAAAAUAUUUUUGGAACUUUUUUAAGAACUUAGUUCACCUGUUAAAUUGGAAAGUAUAACAAGAUAUCAGCCUAAACCUAACCUGGUGUGUGGUAUAUAGAGUGCCCAUUGAACCGAUUACUUACGCACCACGAUACCUGGAAUUUAGCGGCAGAGUGUAUCGCGACGAAGCCGAAUGCAGUAUCUCACAUACGCACUGCAAACAUCCUCACGAUUCCUCACAACGUCCGCACCCACAACCAACACAAACACCGCCUUCAACAACAAUAAUAACAACUACACUAACACGCACACAAACAUCGCGAUCAGGACACAAUCCAACAACAACAUCGACUUACAUUUCCCUAACCAAAAUCCCAACAACAGCAAUAACCGCCAACAACCGAUAAUCACCACGACGAACAACAUAUUAGGCACAUCGCGCCGCAGUAGCAGUAAUUCAGCAGCGAUAGCAGCCGCAACAACAAAAGUAUCAUUCGCGCAGAGCGAAGUAAUCCACAACUACCAAACAACAUCCACUACAACAACACUACCACCUAUUCAUAGCACUUGCCACGAGUGCAUCUGCAGCGACGCAACAACAUUCAGAACAACAAGCGCAGAGGAAACAACAGCUGCAGCCGCAGCAGAAGCCGCGCCACCAGCCGCAACAGUAGCGCCAUCAGCGACAACGGUGCCGCAGCGCGAAUGAAAUUUACUCACGAUUAAUGUUAGCAUUGCGCGCAACAAACUGCUUUCAUUCUUCAAUCGCGAGAUGGCCGCAACGGAUGGCCAAAUAAUACUGGCCGCCUCCCGCUUCGGUGACACCGAACCACCGGUGUACCUUCGCGAGUUCUCCAAGCAAAAAUUGCCGGCUGUCGCAAAAAUCGUCAAGGGGCAACAUCAGAACCUUGGUGUGCCCACUCUGUCGGCGCCUUCGCUUCAGAGUACGGCACUAUUCCUAAGCGCCGGGAAAAGGUAUCAGAUACUUGCACAGCCGAUUAAAAUCAAGGAGGGACGCAAGACGACAAAUGUAGGUGCAAAGGUGCUCAUACCGGAGACCUAUCCCGGUUACUUUGAACUACUCAGCGAAGAUGGCCGUUCAACUCGUUGCAUCGAUUCGGUGCUCGAGCUUUCGAAGCGACGCAAUUUACGCGUUCUUGUGCGUGAAACGUUUCGUUGUACGCAAAUGAAUCGCACAAUUCACGCGGGCGAACUACUGACAACGAUGAACGACAAUGGCAAGUACUUGCAGUGCAAGAAUAUUAAAGACGAGAUCAUCAAUUUGCCACUCGAUACCAAAGCGAAAUUCUCACCCAUCGCCAAGGAGGAUAGCAUUAGUGGGGUGCAUACGGUGAAGAAUCUACUACUCAAACGGAUGCCAGUCAUUGUGAGACUUGUCCAUGGUAGUGCUCCCAAAGGUCUGAAGCAACCCUUCGUACCAGAGUUACGUCUACUCGGCUGUGUCGAAAUCGAUCGUAUAUUUGCGUUGCCCAUGCAGAAGGAUCACGAUUUGGUGCCAGUACCGCUAAAUGUAAAGAUUAAGUUGCAGCGCGCACGCAACAUGGAGCAGCUGGAGCACUUUAUUGAGUAUACCAGAUUCCUCGAAAAGGCGCAGCGUCUGUUGUCCGAUGCACGAGAUCGCCUGCAAAUAGUUGAUCUUAAGUUAUCGGAGAAGGAGAAGAAAGACUCCAAGUUCAGUAGCCGCAACAAAUUACCUGUGGUUAUGUUGCCAUCGGCAGCAGUCGCCGGCGGCCUUAUGGAGAACGGCUAUGUGCUACGCAAGAGUGCCAGCUGUGAUGCAUAUGGCAAGGGUAUCGGUGGGGCAGCGGGCGUACUCACAAGUGCCGAAAUCGCUGAGGAGUACAACGAAAUCGAUCACAUAUACGAUUAUGUCCGCGGCCUGACACCACUCUCUAAAGGGUUGUCGCGUUUUGAGCCGAUCUGCGAAACGCCGACUAUAAAAUCGCAUCACACCGAUAGUAGCGGCAAUUAUUGCAGUCUCAUACGUGUGGGCGCGCAGGCGAGCAGCAACAAUAACAACAAUAACAAUAGCAACAGCUUAAAUGCUAGCAGCGGUAGCAACACAAAUCACAGCGGUGGCGGUGGCGGUGCCGGUAGCGGUAAUAAUAUUAACAACAAUAACAACUACAGUAGUUUAGAAUCAGUCAAGCAGACGACGAACACCAACACGAAUAGCAGUCACAAUAGCAGCAAUCACAGCCACAAUAACAAUCACAACCACACUGGCGGCAGUGGCGGUACCAUUGGUGGCAACCAUCACCAUCACCACCAUCAUCAGAGUCACAGCCACAAUCAUCAUCACAACCACGCACACCCACACCCCCACGCGCACCCACAUGCCCAUCAGUCAGGCAAUGGAGCCAUGGUAAAUCACUACCACCAUAACCAUGUUCAAGAGGACAUCAAGCCAGUGCCACCGCCCAUUGAGACUAUACCGGGCAAGAAGUUGCCUGAAAAGCGGCAACGUCCCACAUUACCAAAGCUUUAUCUGAAGAACACGAAUAGUGCGAGCAGUAACGCGCUCUCUGGCACUUCAGUGGCUGCGGUCGCGGCAGCCAGUCAUCAUAAUCAACAUCAUCACUCGGCGCAGACGCAAAAUGCACACACAGGCAACUCGACUGCAGCCGUGGUGAAUGCCACAGUGGCAGCGGUAUCAGCGCAUCAUGUCCAUCACUACCACAGCAAAGUGCUGACACCUAGCAACAGCAAUAACAACAGUGGUUCACAUGCUGUAAAUGGGCCACUUAGUGCCGGUAUUAUGGGGGCCAGUAAGGAAUGCAUUCUGGAGCCGCAGUCACCACUCUUUCAUAUCAGGUACAAGAGCCUCAGCAGCUUGCAGUUGACGCCCGAAAACACCUCCAUUGCCGCCACACCGAUCUCAAGUAACCCCAAAGGUAAUCAGUCAACCGCAAUACCACCGGAUGUGGUACUCAAAUGCAACAGCAUCCUCAACCACCAGUCGCAUCACUCACCGCACCUACCACCACCACCGCUUAGCAAAAGCGCCAGCACUGUCGGUGGCUUAGCAGCUGUAGCCGGCCUAGGCAUGGGUAUGGGUGUGGGAGUCAUACACCAUAAUCCACGCGAAGGUACACUUGACUCGUCACGCAGCGGCGGACGUACCUCUGGUGAUUCUAACAAGUUGCCCGAAAAGAAGACGCGUCGCCUCUCGCGUCCUCGUAGUCUAUCGAAUUUAGUCUGGGAUUUGCGGCCAUCUAAAGAGAAGUCAAAAAAGAAAUUAUAUAUACAUCACUUUGAUCACCGCCAACAGGCGACACUGUAUUUGUAGUCAGGUGGUGGAAGGGAUGCAGCAGCGCGGUACGGGAAAAUGGCGGGACAAGUGGUCGAAGAAAAUGCCAUAUAUAGACUUUAAAUGCGAUCUUUCGUAGAAAUAUUGGGCAUAGCUAUUUCUAAUACUUUAAUUUUGCUGUGAAAUGAAGACGGUACAUACCAAUGAAAGAUGAAUGAUGUUGCCAUCACUUUAGAAACCUACACACAACUGCUUGAACGGAAAUUUAAUGCAUUAUCUUAAGCUUCUGAUCCGAUAUCUUCGCCCAGUAAGAAACCACGAUUGGAACACCAGCGCUAAUGUCAAUUGCAGAACUUACAGAACCACUACAAACUUUAAACAUCAAAAAUAAAAUGCACAUACCUAGAAAUUAGAUUUUUAAACACAUUUACUGAGAAAUGGAGUAAAAAAAAACAAUAAGUUACCUUAGUAGAGAAAGCUUUAAAACUAAUUUUUCCCAAUUAAUUAGAUUGUGCCUUCUAUAAGCAAUUAAAAUCAUUUAAAAUAACAAAGUUUAAUAAAGUUAUUGGCUUAUUAAAGGUAUUGUGGCAAGGUCCAUACACAUUUGUAGGUUUAAAUAAUUAGUUAAGAUGGUUGGCUAUUUUUUGGCAUUUUUUUAAAGAAACUAAUAUUCAAAAGUCAACCGCAAAGUCUUUGAAUCUCUCACAGCUACGAAAAAAUAUUUGAAAAAUAUAAAAUUUUUGAUAUUUUGCCCAUAAUAUUUUUUAAUUAAUAUGAGAUCCAAAAAAAAAAAAAAACAAUACCAGAAACCAGAAACAUAAGAGUUUGCAAAAAACGCACAGCCAUCAUGGAAAGGUGAAAACUGGAGGUAAAAUAUGUCAGUGUUGUGCUGGCUUCGCAUUGAAUCUUGCAAAGAUUCUUUCCGAGGUCCGCCGAGGCAUUGAGGGACGCCAUAAGUAAAUUACAAAUAAAAUAAUGAUAAUAAAAUUGAAAGUGAAAGUGGAAGUGGAAGCUGUCCAAGAUAAACUGCGUUAAAUAUGAAUUAAAGUAAACAAAAUAUGCAACAACAACGCUUCAAGUCUUUAAAAUUGUGAUUUUAAUUUUAUGUGAAAAAUGUAUGUAGAACCAUGUGAAAGUGCGAAGAGUCGGCAUUGGCGGAUUUUAUUAUAUUUAAAUCCGCGCGAGACCAUCCGGCCGGCGACGUUUCAAUAUUCGAUAAAUUAAGUGAAUCAUUUUAUUACAUUUUAUUUGUUUAUUAAUCAUGCAUACUUGCAGUCGCAUAUGUGUCCCAGUAGUUUUAUGUACGUUAAGUUAAUUUACAUUUUAUAUUUAUACGUUAAAUGCUUUUGUCAGUCACGUGUGCUCUUGAACAAUGUGGAGAAGCGAACUCGCGUGUGCGAGCAAUGCCUUCCUUAGCAUUUUCAAAAGUAAUUAGUUUAAUAAGUAAAGAAUUUAUAUAAAACACAGAGAGGGAAGUGUGUGUGGGUGUGCAGUUGCUGCUGAGCAUUGAGUAAGCGCACUCAACUUCGACUCAACUCAACUCAACUCGGGCUGUGUCGGUUGCUGCACACCCAAGCGCAUUGAACAAACAACAACGCAACUAACUUUUGCAUUGUGAAUGUGCAAACCUUAAGAUAGACACAUACAUACAUAUUUACUCAGCUGUUCAAUUGAAUCCGCUACACAUACCGUUAUAAAUCAAAAUGUUAAAUAGUAGAAUGAGAAAAGUCAGAAUACUGAUCUUUAGUAACUAAUAGUUAUCUAGCUAAAACUCAAAACUCAAUUAUUACAAAUGUCAGCAAGCUAAAAAACAUAAUUACAAUAACAAAAACAAAACGAAUUACAUACGAGUGGAAACAUAAAUGAACAGCAAACGAACAACUACUGCCACAAAAAAGUGCAAGCGUUUUUAAGUAAAAUCGUAAAAAGAAUUAAAUUAAAUUUAAACACUAUUCAAAUAUUAGAAACAUCACGCACAUACUCUCAGAUACAUACAUACAGUUAUGUACCAAGUAAAAUAAAGGAUAAAGUUAGAAGUAGAGCAUGCAAAAAACACAAAAAUUACUCGAUUCAAUUGCACUACAAAAACAUUGGCUUAACAGACUAAGAAAAUUCAGAUAUUAUUGCAAAUGUCGAGAAUUUUAAAUUUUACAAAAAAUUACAGCAAAAACAAGAAACAUUUCAAAGGCAUCAAGUUGCAGAUAACAUACUAUAAUACAUAUAUACUCAAUACAUAGCUUAUAUGUAAAUGUUGCGUGUGUACAUUUCGUUGAUUGUUUCGUCUAAUUUAGUCUCUUUUAGUUUAGUUUUAAAUAAUAAAUGAAACUUGUAACUGUAUUAGUCGAUAAAUAUGCAUUUUAGUACUUUAUGUCCAGUAAAGAUUGUGUCGCGUAAAUAAAACGUAUAUGGAAAAUAAAA